CGUCUUCACCCUUCACUUCUCUCUCUCUCCCAUGGCUUCCCUCACCUCCUCUCUCUCUCCCAUGGCUUCCCUCACCUCCUCUCCCUCUCAAUCCGUCGCCAAGCUCGCCGAUCACGCGCUCGAUUCCAGUCCUCGCGCCACUCUGCUCAAGCUCUCGGCCCCGCGCGCGGCUCGCGGACGGACGGCAAUCGUGAGAAGCUGCCAUGGAGCGCAGACUUUGGUUGAUAAUUGCAGCCAAGCGUCCAAUGUGCCGGUGCUGACUUGUUCCGAGGCCGUCGAGAGGCUACAGGCGAAGCGGAGAGGCUGGAGAGGAAAGCAGCAAUAUCUCGCCAUGUACUCAAGCGUUUCCGGCGGGAUCGUGACGGAUCCGGCGGCUAUGGUGAUCCCCAUGGAUGACCAUAUGGUUCACAGGGGACACGGCGUCUUCGACACCGCCGCGAUAGUGGAUGGACAUCUCUACGAGUUGGACCAGCACCUCGACCGCAUUAUGAGAUCCGCGUCCAUGGCCAAGAUUAGUCUUCCAUUCGAUCGAGAAAGCAUAAAAGGGAUCCUCAUUCGAACGGUGAGUGUUUCCGGGUGUAGCAAAGGGUUCCUGAGGUACUGGCUUUCAGCAGGCCCGGGUGAUUUCCAACUCUCUCCUUCCGGUUGCGCCGAGCCCGCUUUGUACGCCAUCGUAAUCCAAGACCAGUUGCCAUUUGAUUCGACGGGGGUCAAAGUAGUUACUACGUCAGUUCCGAUAAAGCCUCCUCAAUUCGCCACCAUGAAAAGUGUCAAUUACCUUCCCAACACGCUGUCGAAGAUCGAAGCUGAAGAAAACGGCGCCUAUGCUGCCAUAUGGUUAGACAGCGAAGGAUUCGUCGCUGAAGGGCCGAACAUGAACGUGGCAUUCGUCACAAAGGACAAGGAACUUCUGAUGCCGCAUUUUGACAAGAUCCUCAGCGGGUGCACCGUGAAAAGGGUCCUGUCCCUUGCCGAGGCACUGGUGAACAAGGGUAAACUUCGGGGGAUUAAGCUAGGGAACGUGACAAUAGAGGAAGGAAAAGCAGCGGACGAGAUGAUGCUCAUCGGCAGUGGAGUUCUUGUCCGCUCCGUCAUCCAGUGGGACGAGCAGGCAAUCGGCGACGGUAAAGAAGGUCCCGUAACCCAGUCUCUCUUGAAUGCCAUCAUUAAGGACAUGGAAUCAGGACCCUCCACAGUCCGAAUUCCCAUUCCGUACUGAGCGCCGAGCCGAGACCGCUCCUCUCGUCACUGUCUCGUACGGUUCAUGAAGGAUCUUGACGUAGAUGUCACGGAAUGAUGACAACAAUGUACAGCUCCAUACUUCCUUCCGUCGGUCUUGUAAAAGGAUAUGCUUGUCAUCGAAGAUAAAUUGUUGACUCAAAUGUAUCAUCUCAAAGCGACUUCGGUAGAAAUAAAGCUGUGAACUAGCGAGCGUUUUCUGCCAUUUUCUCUCUGUUACAUCUUCUUACGUGAAUAAGCAAGCAAACAUUUUAAUC